GUACCGCAGACUAGGACAGAUGUAGUGCACUAUGCGCUCCAGUUCCCUUCGAUUGAUCAAGCAUCUUCCCAAAAUGCUCGAAGCAGCAAUCAACGACGUCCAAUUUCCUGGUAAUCAUCGACCCAAACUGCUGGUCACCUGUUCUGACGUACCGGUAAGCUACAUCGAAGCACUCCGGCGCAAGUGCGAGGUAACAGUUUGUCCGGGAACAAGCCGAGAUGAAAUUCUGAAAGCUACUCCGGGCGCGGAAGGUAUUCUCUGGCUGACUGCCGAUCGACUGAAUGGUGAAGUGCUGGACUUGGCUGGACCACAACUGAAGGCGGUAUCUACGCUGACGUCCGGUAUGGAUUAUGUCAGCGCAGAAGCAUUCAGGCAACGCAAGAUUCCUCUGGGGCAUACACCAAAGGUGGUCAAUGAUCCGGUUGCGGACAUAGCCAUUGGAUUGAUGAUUGCGGCUGCUCGACGAUUCCACGAGGGACGUUUGAAAAUCCUGGAUUCGGACUGGGACGCCACGCCACAGUGGAUGCUAGGACAAGAUGUGGUUGGGUCCACAGUUGGCAUUGUAGGUUUCGGUGGAAUCGGUCAAACGAUAGCCAAAAGGCUCAGAGGAUUCGAUAUUGGGCGAUUGUUGUAUACAGGACGAAACAAGAAACCCGAGGCUGAUCAAUUCGCAGCAGAAUACGUUGGGUUUGGCGAACUGCUGAGAGAAAGUGAUUUUGUGUUCAUCGUUUGUCCGUUAACCAGCGAGACUAGUAAAUUGUUCGAUGCUGAGGCAUUCAAAAUGAUGAAGUCAACUAGCGUACUAAUCAACGUGGCACGUGGCGGAAUCGUAGAUCAACAUGCAUUGGUCGAAGCUUUAAAAUCUGGAACAAUAUUUGCUGCUGGACUAGACGUCAUGACCCCGGAACCAAUGCCACCCAGUGAUCCAAUCAUGAGUCUACCCAAUUGCACCAUUUUCAGUCAUCGUACCCCAUCUCGGAACUGCAACCAGGAAAAGCUUAGAGGAAAUGUUCUGUAUUGCCGCUCGGAAUGUACUAUCCGUUUUAGCUGGUGGAAAACCGAUGGCACCCUACGUAUAAUGAUUUCUUUCGAGUUGAAACCGCACAAAAGUGCCGCACAUUAUAGAUGAUCUAUCCA